AACUAUGCAUGAAGAGAGAGAGAGAGAGAGAGAGAGAGAGAGAGAGAGAGAGAGAGAGAGAGAGAGAGAGAGAGAGAGAGAGAGAGAGAGAGAGAGAGAGAGGGAGGGAGAGAGAGAGAGAGAGAGAGAGAGAGAGAGAGAGAGAGAGAGAGAGAGAGAGAGAGAGAGAGAGAGAGAGAGAGAGAGAUAGAGAGAGAGAGAGAGAGAAAAUGAGGAGAACACGAGUUUGAGAAAAGAAGCCAUGGUAGAACACGAGAAA